AUGGUGUCAGAGCACUUGAAUUGUGGAAGGUCCAAAGCUCAGCGAGUUCGAGACUUGGAAUCUAUUAGAGAGAAGCACCCUGAUAAAGUACCCAUCAUUGUUGAGAGGUUCCAUGGAGAGAGGCAGUUGCCUAUGCUUGACAAAUCCAAGUUUCUCGUCCCUGAUCAUGUGACUGUGGGAGAGCUCAUUAGGAUCUUGAGGAGGCGAAUGCAGUUGCAUCCAAGUCAGGCAUUCUUUCUUUUGAUUAAUCAACGAAGCAUGGCCAACAUUAGUGCCACACUUGGAGAAGUGUACAUCCGCGAAAGGGACGAAGAUGGUUUCCUCUACAUGGUCUACGCAUCUCAGGAGAUGUUUGGCGCCUCCACAUUGUGAAUGAACUGGGCUGGACCUGGCUCACUAUCAAUUACGAAAUACAAACACACACACACACAUCUAAUUCACAUCUCCCGUUUUGAUAUGGUAUCCAUUUUCCCUGACUUUCUGCAGUCAACCCUGUGCUUGUUCAAGUCCAGGAAAGCAGAACUGAUUGUUUUGUCAUGAGAAUGUGUGCUGAGUGACUGCUCCGUGAUGUUUCAGUAUGCAAUGCUAGUCUCUACGCAAAUCUCUUGCUGUGAUGAUGGAGUAAGCAUAAACUAAUAAACUUUGAAUAAUAAUGUGGGAGAUGAAGAAUGUCUACCUAUCAGUACCAUCCACUUGUACAUAGUGUGUAUUGAGGACGGAAGACAUGGCAUUGUCCAGAUCUCAGUGGGCUUUAAAACAGGGAACAUCAACCUUGUAUAUACCACCCAUUUUGUUGGCUUUUCUCCCCAUUUCAAAGAAGCAUAUUGAAGUUGAAUCAGAGAACUGUUUCAUAGGUUGCCAUACUUUGUUUCUGCAAGCAGAUGCUGUGUGUGACUGCUUUGGCUAUUUCCUAGGCCUAGAAUCCUGAAAUCUACCUGAGGACUUUCUCCUGAACCCUGUGUCCUGUCCCUGUUGUAUUUUGAUAUUGUCAUUCAGAGCCUAUGUGAAUAAUAGCAAUCAUGAAUUAUGA